AUGGCCGCCAACACAAACGGCACCACUUCCGCCAUCGACAUGGCCACGGCCGAGAAAUCCACCACCGGCGUCGCCGCCAACAGCAUCCACGGCUCCUCCAAAGGCACCUCAUCUUCAGCACAAGGCCAGCACGAAGACUUCGUCCCUACGCCAAUGUUCCACCACUCGACUCACCACAGCGUGGAUCUCGAAGACUACUUCCGAGGACCGCGAGACAUCAACCGCCACUCGAAAUGGCCGCAGUUUCUUCGGAUGCACGGUAGCGUCCUGCCGAAGAUGAUUGUGCCGCUGAGCUUCGUUGGCGGGUGGGCCACCCUCAUUGUGUGUAUUUCAAUGCUGGUGACCAGUCUGGAGGUCAAUUCGGUGCUGCUUACUGUUACUGGUUUCGUCGUCGGUCUGGCGCUUUCCUUCCGGUCGACGACUGCAUACGAGAGGUUCUCCGAGGGACGACGAUACUGGGCGAUUCUCAUGCUGACGGCACGAAAUCUCUCGCGACUCAUUUGGGUCCACGCACAAGAGCGACACGAGGAAUCCGAGGAGCUUGGCAAGGCAGAUCUUCUUGCCAAACUUUCUGCACUUCAACUGAUCAACGCGUUUGCCGUGUCUCUCAAGCACCGUUUGCGAUUCGAGCCAUCGACUGAGUACCCUGACCUUGCACCACUGCUCUUCAAUCUGCGAACUCUGGCUGGAGAAGCCGACCAGACCGCACUGCGUGAGCGGAAAGUCUCUUCAUUCAAAUCCGCUGGACAGUAUCUGGGCAUUCCCAUGGCAGAGUCGAACCCUCGCAAGCUGCUCAAGAAGUCAAAGGAGAAUCUCGGAAAUACGCCCUUGGAAGUCCUCACCUACCUGUCUGCCUACAUUGAGAACGUCUUCCAGAACAAGACCCUCGCAAUCAGUGUCCACCAGGUGCAGGCCAUGGGUUUGCUCGCCACCAUGACGGACACACUGACCAACGUUGAGCGCGUUGUCAAUACUCCACUUCCGGUCGCCUACUCAAUCUCCAUCUCCCAGAUCACUUGGGCCUACGUGAUGGUGCUUCCAUUCCAGCUCGUUAAGUAUCUGCAAUGGGUGGCAAUUCCAGCGACGAUACUUGCAGGCUACAUCAUCCUCGGUCUGGCUCAGAUUGGUCGCGAGCUUGAGAAUCCCUUCGGACAAGACGUUAAUGACCUGCCCCUCGACUCCUACUGUCACGAGCUUGCAAACGACAUUGAUGCACUGACGAGCAUGCCUGCCCCCCUUAACAAUGAGGACUGGAUGCGCGAGCGUGGAUCGAAGCCUUUGUGGCCACUGAGCAACAUGGAGUUCCGAGCAUGGGAGAACAGGUCGGUGGACGAGAUCCGAGCCGCCCUCAAGGCCAAGGCUAUGAGCCGAGACGUCAAGAAGGACCGAAUGGAUACGUUCGUCCAGAGCGAGGCGUUGACGAACGGUGUCUGA